AACGCCGAACAACAUCCUUCCUCUCACCACCAUGGCCUCGCGUUGUCUGGCUCUUACCCCAAAAUUUGCUCAGCGCUCAGGUGCACGGUUUCUAUCGACGACUAGAGUGCUACGGGAAGAGGCAUCCACUUCACCCAACCUAGGAUCUGUGCAGCCGCAGAAGAGACCGGUCGGAGGCUUUCGGGGAGGAAUAAUCGGGUUUCUGUUUGGAUUCUCGCUAGCUUCUGCGUUUGCUGCGUACCAUCUUUUGGACGAGUAUAAACUUGCUUCUGCGGCGCUGCAGGCCAGCGUGGAGGAGCUACAAGCGAGCACGGAGAAGGUGACUGCACACGUUCGUCGUAUCGAAGCGGUGGAGAAGGACUUGAAGGCGCUUGCUCAGAGCUCCGCAAGUAAAGACGACCUAUCGAGGGUUCGUGCAGAGCUUAAGAAAGUGUAUGAUGGGUUGCACAUCGAAUUCCUUGAUCUGAGAUCACAUGUGUGGGGCAUGCAACAAGAUUUGCAUUCGUUAGCCAAGAAAGACUCCACGUCUGUUCGUAUAUAGAGUAUCUCAUACCUAUAGAACUCUUUGGAAACCUCAUUCUAACAACGGUUUUUGACGGACAUAGAUGUCAACUUCAUGACCCUGUGCGAUUCUCACAUGAUGAACGUCACGGCUGAAAACAUCCCCUGUUCCCUCUGAUGCUUAACUCGUUGAUCUAAAGUUCGACACAGAACGAGUCAGAGGGAGCUACUUUACGAUGGUAAGGCCUUCGUCCUUUUUCUGGCACAACCGGUAUCAAAUCUGAGUUCAGCAAGUGGUAGUUCACUGCAUGCAAUACAACGAUACCCUUCAUUCCGCCUCCAAUACAUCAUCCGCCCCCUGUUGCACCGGGGAAGCUGCC